UUAAAGCAAAAUAACUAAUGAAAUGGAAGCAUUUUGUUCGGUGAACUUGACUUUGAAACUACGAUCAUUGUCAAUUGUUUAGUAUUCUCUUGAGCUCACAACCGAUCGAACGCGAAUUGAAAAUAUCUUCUCUUCACUUGCUUCAACGUUUUUUUUUUCUUCUACCUACCCAACGAAUAUAUAGAGAAAAAAAACACGCGAAACGUUUUGUUUUGGAUUUCUGGUGAAGUGGCCGUUCGAUUGAAUUUUUUUUUAUUCUUCAAAUAGAAUAACAGAAAAAGAUUCCGAAAAGUGCGCAAAUUAAAUAAAACGGUGAAUUUUGGAUUUCCGCUUGUUGGUCUUUUUGAUUUAAACUGAUCAAAAAGUUAGAACAACGUCUUCCGAAGGAUUUGAUUUGUGAUUAUUGUGAUCAAAACAGAUUUUUUUUUGUUUAAACCAUCUUGUGAUAAGAUCGUUAAAAUCGUUUGUUUUUUUUUAAAGAGAUAAAAAUAAAUCGUGAUCAAAAGUUCCUCGUGACAUUUCGAGGAAUCAUCCGAAACCACAUUAUCGAAUAGCCGCCGAAUCGUUUUUUCCGUCUUCUUUGUAGACCGCCCGCCCCCCACAAACACUUUUCAAGAUGAAAAUCGUAAUCCUUUUGAGUUUAUUCUGUGCAUUAGCAACAGGUCAACGAAUCACAACCAUUCAAUUGGAAGGUGUACAGUAUUUUGUGAGUCGAAUGAAUCCAUAUUCGCCGGAAUUGAAUUACUUCUUGGCAUAUCAGUAUUGUCGAUCGUUGGGCUUGCAAUUGGCAUCAUUUGAAACAAAAGAAAAGGUCGAAUCGAUGAGCCAAUAUUUACAAAAUGCCGGCUACAGUAAAUAUGAUUUCUGGACAUCGGGCAAUCGUCUUGGCACUGGCAUGUUCCUAUGGAUGAGUACUGGUUUGCCAUUCAAUGCAACAUUCGAUUAUUUCGAUAAUGCAAAUGAUGCCGUUAAAGCUGGCUUACUCGAUCCGGUCGAUCAUAAUAGCAACACAGCACCACAACGCACCGCUCGCGACAGCAGCGGUUUAGAAAAAGGUUGUGUUAUGCUACAAGCGCCAAGUUUACGAUGGGCACCCGAAGAUUGUUCAGCCGUUAAAGAUUUUAUAUGCGAACAAACCCGGUGCUAUUAUUAUAACUAUGGCAGCAUUCCGGUGUCAUCGGCACAGGGGUAA